GCUAGGAAUAUAUGCAAAAUUCACUUGCGCUGUGUCCCUCCCAGCAGGCAGCUCCCAGGUGAGCAGCUCAGGUGUUCAGCCAGCAGCAGUCUCUGAGAAGAUUCAGAACAGGUCACAGUCACCUGAGAGGAGCAAGAAACAAACAGGACUCCAGGAAUAUCACAUACGGUCUAAAAAUGAGCUGUUUUUCGUUUCUCAAAACCAUGAUGUUCGUAUUCAACGGCAUCAUUUUUCUAGGGGGCACAGCUGUGCUGGGUAUUGGGAUCUGGGUAAAGGUGGAUGGAGGGUCCUUCCUGAAGAUCCUGGGCUCAGCUGCCCCACAGCUCAUGCAGGUGGUAAAUGUGGGAUAUUUGUGCAUCGCUGUUGGAGGUUUCCUGAUACUUAUGGGAUUCCUUGGCUGCUGUGGAGCUGUGAAAGAAAGCAGAUGUAUGUUAAUGCUGUUUUUCAUCAUCAUCCUCAUUAUAUUCAUUGCGGAAAUUACAGGAGCUGUAGUAGUUCUGGCGUUUUCUUCUUUGUCUCACAUCUUCAUAGAAUACCUUGGUAGUGUAGCGGUGAAAUAUCUCAAGAAUGAAUAUGGAGGGGCCAAUGAACUAACUACGGUGUGGAACACAACAAUGAAAGAGCUCAAGUGCUGCGGAUUUCAUGGUUAUGAAGAUUUCAACAACUCCACCUACUACCGAGAUCACGGGGAGUACCCUCCUGUGUGUUGCUCCUAUGCCAGCCCCUGCCAGCGCUACAAUAUUAGCUCUGAGGUGAAGGGCUGCCUUAAAGCAUUUGAAGGCUUUCUGUCACAAAAUGGAAAAAUUGUAGGAGGUGUUGCCCUCGGGAUCUCUGCCCUGGAACUUGCAGCCAUGAUUGUCGCCCUUGUGCUGUUUUGCCAGAUUGGUAAUAAAUAGAUGUAUCCAGUGCCGCACACUCUCUCUGGAGCAUUCAGGAUUUCUAGGCAGUGACAAGUAGGACUACAGUCAAUACUUCUAGCCGUACGAUACAUGCGAUCCUGUUGUUUCUUCCUUUUCCAUUAUACUUCUGUGGACUUGGCCUGAACGGAACAUACCACAACUCUGCAGUGUCUCCCAAUGGCCACUGUUCUGCGUUGGUAGAUAUCAUGAUGUUUAGCUAUUAUAUAUAUUUAUCAUCUAUUUUCCUACAGCAAUGAGAUAUAGCACAACCUUCAUCACUGCUUUCUGCUAUUUAAUGUAGAAUAUAUAUUUAUAAAUAUUGUAUAUAGAGAAUAGGAUAGUAAUACAGAAAAUUCUACUAAUAAAACUGGUUGGAAUUGUUUUUAUUGCAUUUG